GGUGAGGGUGGGGGGUGCGGCCACAGGACUGACAACUGGCACACAGUCAGAUGUUGGUCCAUUAGCGUGCCUGCUGGCCACAGUGUGAGUGUGAGUUUGACAUGCAAACACCAGGCAAAGAUUUUAACCAUCAAAGUGGUCACAACUUCUCAGCAGACAUGGUGGACACCCAGCAGCUCCUAGCCUGGCCUGUCGGUUUCAGUCUGAACGCCGUGGACCUUUCUGAGCUGGAUGACAGCUCCCACUCCCUUGACAUGAAGCAUUUGUCCACAUUAGACUACACCCCCAUCUCCUCCACAUCCAUCCCCUCCUCCCUGUCUCCUCCACUUGUAUCUUCCAUCUCUUCCAUUGGUGUGGCCUAUGACCCCAGUCCACCGCAGAGUGAAGAACACCUGACUAACAUGGACUACACGAACAUGCACAGCUACAGGACAGAGCCCAACAUGCACAAUUCAAUCAAGCUGGAGCCGGAGUCGCCGCCUCAGUACUCUGACAGUCCCGUGUUCUCCAAGCUCCAGGACGAUACGUCAGCGACAUCACUAAACAUUGAAUGCCGUGUGUGUGGGGACAAAGCUUCGGGGUUUCACUAUGGUGUCCAUGCCUGUGAGGGCUGUAAGGGUUUCUUCAGACGCACAAUCAGGUUAAAGUUGGUGUACGAUCACUGCGACCUUCACUGUCGUAUUCACAAGAAGUCUCGCAACAAAUGCCAAUACUGUCGGUUCCAGAAGUGCCUUAAUGUCGGCAUGUCACACAACGCUAUUCGUUUUGGCCGAAUGCCCCAGGCGGAGAAGGAGAAACUGCUGGCUGAGGUCUCGUCUGACAUGGAGCACAUGCACCCAGAGGCAGCAGAUCUGAGGGCUCUGGCCCGGCAUCUGUACGAGGCCUAUCUGAAAUACUUCCCCCUCACCAAGGCCAAGGCCAGGGCCAUCCUCUCUGGGAAGACCGGAGACAGCGCGCCCUUUGUCAUCCAUGACAUGAAGUCUCUAAUGGAAGGAGAGCAGUUUAUUAAUUGCAGGCAGAUGCCCAUCCAGGAGCACCAGCAGCAGACCUCCGCCCUUACAGCCGCACACGGAGGGAUCGCAGGAGUUCACAUGGGGCCAGAUUGUGGCAUUUUGGGAACGACAGGCAUCAGUGGACAUGAACCAACGGACACAGUGGAGCUUCGUUUCUUCCACAGCUGUCAGUCACGCUCGGCCGAGGCAGUGAGAGAGGUGACAGAGUUCGCCAAGAGUAUCCCCGGAUUCGUUGAUCUGGAUCUAAAUGAUCAGGUAACUCUGCUGAAGUAUGGUGUGAUAGAGGUCUUGAUCAUCAUGAUGGCACCCCUGAUGAACAAAGACGGGACCCUGAUCUCCUACGGACAGAUCUUCAUGACGCGGGAGUUCCUCAAGAGUCUCAGGAAACCUUUCUGUCAAAUGAUGGAACCAAAGUUUGAGUUCUCCGUUAAGUUCAACACGCUGGAGCUGGACGACAGCGACAUGGCACUGUUUCUGGCUGUCAUCAUCCUCAGCGGCGACCGUCCAGGUCUUCUGAAUGUGAAGCCCAUCGAGCAGCUUCAGGAGACAGUUCUUCAUUCGCUGGAGCUGCAGCUGAAGCUAAACCACCCGGACUCUCUGCAGCUGUUUGCCAAGCUGCUCCAGAAGAUGACCGACCUGCGUCAGAUCGUCACGGACCACGUCCACCUCAUCCAGCUGCUGAAGAAGACCGAGGUGGACAUGUGCUUACACCCUCUGCUGCAGGAGAUCAUGAAGGACUUGUAUUAGAAGUUUAACAGGAGAAGAGAAGUGGGAGGAAAAAUAAAAGAGAGAUUUUAUUUUUAAAAUCAUGGGUUGCGAUUAAGCACUUUGUGCUCCUGGUGUGUUGAAAAAAAAGGGAGGAGCCAGCCAGACAGGCUGACUGACUGAAAUUGAGAAAGAGAUAGGGGAAGAACAGGGAAAGAGAAAUUAAGGAAAGAUAGACAGAAUCUGAGUGUUAGAUCUUGUCUAGACAGCAGCAUAUGAAUAACUCGCUGUGCACAGUCAUUUAGCCACUGCUGAGCCUGGACAUUUUGUUAUGAGUAGGUUGCCAACUUAAAUACGAAACUACCACCUAUUGCACCAAUCAGGACGAGCGGCUAUGACUAACUGAAAGAGUGGGGACUUUCUUAUUGGCAAGCCCAAGCAUAAAAUUGUGAAUGCUCAACAAAGCCUUCUUCAAGCGCCUUUAAGGAGAAACGUAUCACUGUGAAUAUUGUUCACCUCGUGUCACACAGUACAGUAUGUGGUGUUCAUGUGCAGCUUAUCUACAUGUUGCGUUACAACCGUCAUAGGCAGCGGCAGUUUGUACGUGCUUCCAUACCUCUGUGAACACUCACACAAACACACACACAAACAAUGCACAGACUGUCUUUUUUUCGUCUGUUUUGGCAUCCGGGUUGAAGGUGCUAUCUCUUUUUAAUCAGCUUUUAUCCAAAGACAAAAAUCAGAUUAUUCCCUGUAACAUAUUUUCGUCUCGGUUACCUGUAGAAGCUGUGAGAGUGUGAGGGCACAUUAACAUGAUAAUGUCAGGUCUUUGUUCAAAGAUUAGACAGUAUACGCCAUAUUGUGCCUUCAGGAUUUGAUGUUUGACUUUGUUGUGAAAUGAAUGCCAUAUAAAAAUAUGAUAUAUAUUAUACAUAUGUAGUGUAUAAUAUAUAUUCUGUCAUGAGUUAUAAUUUUUGCUAUGAAAUUAUUUUAUAUGUAUGCAAAGCGUCUACUGUGUCUGACCAAUCAGUUGUUUUUUUGUUGUGGGGAGGGCUGUGCAGACAAAGGGAUUAGAUUGAUACCACUGCAGGAAAAAGAAGAAAUUUGUUGUAAAUAAAAUAUUUUCUAACUUUU